AUGUCAAGAAGAUACGAUUCUAGAACUACUAUUUUUUCGCCAGAAGGUAGAUUAUAUCAAGUUGAAUAUGCUCAAGAAGCUAUAUCUAAUGCUGGUACAGCCAUAGGGAUAUUAUCUUCUGAAGGUGUCGUUUUAGCGUGUGAAAAAAAGGUCACCUCCAAGUUAUUGGAUGAUGAUGGCUCAGCUGAAAAAUUAUAUAUUAUCAACGAUCAAAUGAUUUGUGCCGUGGCUGGUAUGACCGCUGAUGCAUCGAUUCUCGUGAACAAUGCAAGAAUUCAAGCUCAACAAUAUUUGAAGAUGUACGAUGAAGAGAUUCCUUGUGAAAUGUUGAUCAACCGUGUUUGUGAUGUCAAACAAGGUUACACCCAACAUGGUGGGUUGAGACCUUUUGGUGUUAGUUUUCUUUACGCUGGGUAUGAUGAUAGAUAUCAAUUCCAAUUGUUUACAUCGAAUCCUUCUGGUAAUUACAGUGGUUGGAAAGCAACUAGUAUUGGUGCUAACAAUUCGGCCGCUCAAACUUUAUUGAAGAAAGAUUACAAGGACGAUUUGACUUUGAAAGAUGCAUGCGAAUUGGCUAUCAAGGUUUUAUCGAAAACCAUGGAUGCUUCAAACAUAAAUAGUGAAAAAUUAGAAUUUGCUACGUUGAGUUUGGGUAAAGAUAACAAAGUAUUGCACAAAAUUUGGAACGAUAAAGAUAUUGACAUUCUAAUUAAGGCUUCAGGGGUGUUGAAUGAAAAGAAUAGCGAUGAUGAAUAG